AUGGAAAUAGCAUUUCACAGCAAUAAAUGUGCACUGAAGGAUUCUCUCAGACUAAUAAAAAUAGGAAAGAAUCCAUGCUGGAAGAAAAGAUACCAACUGUUUAAGUACUCUGAAGGACUGAUUAACACAAAUGAGAAUAUAAUAGCACUGCAUUCAGAAAUAUCAGAAUAUUCACUGCAAGAAUUCAUUGAAUUACAGAAUCAGUACAUUGCACUAGCAAAUACAUUUAUAAGCAGACAGGGGGAGUGCACGGUCUGUCUAAAGAACUGCCUUGAAGGGGUUGCAGAUGAAACACCAAAUAACAAAUUAUCAGAGGAUGAAAUUACAGCGUAUACCAAUUCACCAGAAUUAUUUAGAGAGAAGCAGAUAGCACAGGCAGCAGAUAAAAUGAAAAGGCUAAACACUAAAACAGAAUUUAUGGAGUCAAUUAUAAAUAUGCACAAAGAAGAGUUAGACAGAAUAUCAUACACUAACACUUCUGCCAUAGAAUAUACACACUCACACCUUGCAGAGAUGGAAGAAGCAUUAGCUAGAAGAAAUAGGGCUAUUUUAUUAAAAAGAUGGCUGGGCGGGAUUACAGUGUUUUUCUGCUUUUUAUCUCUUCUACUUCUUAGACCGUUUGUUGUGUAGGGAAUGGUUAAAUAUAAAAGA